GGGCUAUGCGUUCUGACAACUUUCUCUGAUCUGAUAUUUGACACUCAGUAUAGAGUGUUGUUUGGUCGUCCUCCAUCUGCAGCUCAGAGAUGUCGACAAAACGACGAGCUGCGGCUGCAAGCGGUGCCUGGCAUCGCCCCGAGGACAGCACCGCUACGGCAAACGGUAUAAAAACGGGCAAAGUCGAAGACAAACAAGCCGUUUCGUACACUGUCACGGGUUCAACAUUCGUACCGGCUUUCCUUGUCUUCGUCUGCCCCGUCUUUGCCAUGGUCUUCAUCAGAAUCAUCGUGGAAUUCGACGGAGACCUGCUGGAAUUCGCACGCGUCGCUGCGAGAGACGGCCCCCUACAGAUACUCAAGACGAGCGUAUUCCCGUACGUUUUCGGUUCCCGCAGAGCCUGCGAGUUUAUCCUCCCUUUCGCCGCCUUCCAGCUCCUCCUAAUGCGACUCGUCCCUGGAAAAACUACCCGGGGGCCGGUCACGCCGGCUGGAAACAUUCCCAUUUACAAGGCCAACGGUCUUUUGUCAUACUUCAUAACCCUAGCUGUGUUCUGCCUAUGUGGGUUCGUGUUCAAGAUUUUCAACCCUGCGGAGGUUUACGACCAUUACCAGGAGAUAAUCGGGACUCUAAACCUCUUCAGUCUGGUGUUUUGCCUCGUUAUCUCCCUCAAGGGUAAGCUCCUGCCAUCAUCGACCGAUUCCGGCGCCAGCGGCAACCCCAUAUUCGAUUACUAUUGGGGAACGGAGCUCUACCCGCGGAUUUUGGGUUGGGACGUGAAAAUGUUCACAAACUGUCGUUUCGGGAUGAUGAGUUGGGGACUUUUUCUGCUGUGCUACGCAGCGAAGCAAUACCAGCUCGGAAGUCUGAGUGACUCUAUGGUUGUUUCCGUGGUGCUGCAACUGAUCUACAUCACCAAGUUUUUCCAGUGGGAGAUGGGGUACAUGAAGAGCCUGGAUAUCAUGCAUGACAGAGCCGGAUUCAUGCUGUGCUGGGGCUGUAUGGUGUGGGUUCCCUCUGUCUAUACAAGCCACACCCUCUACCUCACCACCCACCCUAACGACCUGGGGCUUCCCGUCUCCGUGGCGAUUAUCGCUCUCGGGAUCUUCUGCAUAUUCUUCAACUACGACGCAGACCGCCAGCGGGAACAGGUACGGAAUACGGACGGGAAUUGCACGGUAUGGGGACGCAAACCGGAGAUAAUCCGAGCUACUUUCCACACGAGCGAGGGCCAGGAAAGGAAGAGUAUUCUACUGAUGUCGGGAUGGUGGGGAGUUUCCCGCCAUUUCCACUACGUCCCUGAAAUAACCGCCGCGUUUCUGUGGACCAUUCCGGCGCUGUUCUCGAGCCCAAUCCCGUAUUUCUACGUCACGUUCCUGGUCAUUCUACUGACACACCGGGCGAUCAGAGACGACGUGAGAUGUGCGGAAAAAUACGGAGAGUUCUGGAACGAGUAUUGCAAGAAAGUACCUUACAAGAUAAUCCCUUUUAUCUUCUAG